ACGUGUUGCCUUGACUCAUCUUGCCGCGAUAUUUCAGCUUUGAAAGGUCGACAGUGCUCGAGCUUCAACAACAGUUUAGCUAGCGUGCGUUUUCAGACUCUCACCACUCGUGUGGAUGCUCUGCAAGUCUCGGCUUGCUUGUGGUAAUCCCAGAGAAGAAUCGCACGGCCCGGGUCGCAGUUUAUCCGCCUUCAGCUGUCGAGCGUUUAUGUUCUGACAAGUUAUCCGGGGUUACAUUGGCAAGCUUUUGUUGCACGAAAUAGGUCACACCGCGUCUUGUUGACAGCAGAGUCUGUUGCUUUCCUCCCCCGCAGACGUUAACGAUGGUUUUACUGAAAGACCUCCGUCCUCCCACCGAGGGAGUGCGGCAUGAGCAAGCCGAGACCACAGCGGUGAUGGACGGCCAGAAGCUGGGCUGCGGCACGCUUUACGUCGCCGAAACGCGCCUGUCAUGGUUCGAUGGGUCGGGGAUGGGUUUCUUUCUUGAGUAUCCCAACAUUGGCCUGCACGCCAUCUCCAGAGACGUCAGCGCUUACCCACAAGAGCAUCUGUACGUCAUGGUCAAUGGCAAAAUCACAGGAGAAACUGAGGCAGAAAUAACAGAGAAAGCAGGUGAUGACGAAGAAGACAACAGCAGUAACAGCAGCCGUGGUGAUGAUGAUGAUGAUGAUGAAGAAGGAGCGAUCACAGAGAUUCGAUUUGUGCCCAGCGACAAGGUGGCAUUGGAGUCCAUGUUCUCAGCGAUGUGCGAGUGCCAGGCGCUGCACCCCGACCCAGAGGACGACGACUCUGACAACGACUUCGAAGGAGAAGAGUACAACGUGGAGGAGGCCGAAGCAGAGCACGGCCAUGCUGACAUCCCCACCUUCUACACCUGUGAUGAGGGUCUGUCAGCGCUCACGCAGGAGGGCCAGGCCACGCUGGAGAGGCUGGAGGGGCUGUUGGCCCAGUCAGUCGCUCAGCAGUACCACAUGGCCGGGGUCCGAACCGAAGAAACAAACCCUGAAUUUGAAGACGGUAUGGAGGUGGAUGCAGCAGAGAUGGAGGCCGGUCAGUUUGAGGACGCAGACGUCGAGCACUGAUGAGUCAUCUCAGCGGUCAUUCAAGCACCAGUGUUGCAUCAUGGGAUGGGAGAAGAGGACAGCAGCACUUCUUUAAGCCUUUCAGCUUGUACUCUCUUGUUAAACCUUUUCUCAUGUACUUAGUCAUCUCACUAGUCUUUUGUAGCUUCCUUCAUUUCCUCUUAUGCGUUGCAUUGGAGCUCACGUAUAGUUUUGUGUUAUUUGUCUGCUCACCUUCAUCUCUACUAAUUAGUCAGUCAUAUAAAUAAAGUAUACGUUCUGCACUUCUGUUAUACAGCCAAGUCAUCUACUGUAGACUAUUGAGAUGCAGCCCCAAAUCCAAUUGUUUAAUGAAAAAAAACAGAAAGAAACCUGAGUUUCUGUUUUGUACCUAACGAUCAAUUUAAUAUCUGAUUUUCCUGCAGAGGAGAGUUUGUCUUUAUAUGAAAUUGUCAAUAAAUUCAUAGUUUUUGUAUGAGUU